UCUCCUCUUGAACUCCUCAGAGCCGGAGAGGCUCCUCCCUGCCACAAAUCAAGAUGUGAUAACGUUUAAAAAUACGACACAGAGAACUUCUAAACAGAUUUCAGCAGGGGAGCUCACACGAUCAAAGAUGAACCUGGAUGAGGACAGCGGCCUGACCGUCAGCUGUGGCAACGGCAAACUGAGACAGUGGCUGAUCGACCAGAUCGACAGCAGGGGUUAUAUCGGAUUGGUUUGGGAAAACGACGAAAAGACAAUUUUUCGGAUUCCGUGGAAACAUGCAGGGAAGCAAGAUUAUAACAGAGAGGAGGAUGCCGCGCUCUUCAAGGCAUGGGCACUGUUCAAAGGAAAAUUUAAGGAGGGUGUGGACAAGCCAGAUCCCCCCACGUGGAAAACUAGGCUACGCUGUGCGCUCAAUAAGAGCAACGACUUCGAUGAGUUAGUAGGAAGAAGCCAACUGGACAUCUCAGAGCCCUACAAAGUCUACAGAAUCAUCCCAGAGGAAGCCAAAAAAGGAAUGAAGAUGAACAGUAUGGAGGAGACACCAUCACAUGUGAAUGCCCUUGGCUACAUUCCUCAGUAUGGCUCCCUGCAUAACCAGGUGCCUGGCUACAUGGUCUCUCAGGAGAGGAGGGAUUGGAGGGAUUACUCGCCAGCCGAACAACAAGCCCUCGCUCCUCCACAUCACCACGGGCCACAUGCAGAGCUGCAGUACGGCCACUACCCGUCACCCGUCAGCCGCGCUUGGCCCGGGUCACACGCAGAAAAUGGUUUUCAGCUCUCGUUCCACACGCACUUUGCAGAGUCGCAACCCCCCAUGUAUACAAUGGACCACAACAACGCAAUAGCAGAUUUCAGCCUGCAUGUGUCCCUGUUCUACAGAGAGUCUCUGGUGAAGGAAGUUACCACCACCAGCCUGGACGGUUGUCGGAUCACCUCUUCUUCCUCCUCUUCCUCCUCCUCCUCUUCAUCCUCUUCCUCCCCCUCUUCUCCAUGCCCCGAGGACAAGAUUCACAGCGGGGCCGAAAUCAUCCUUUUCCCGUUCCCAUACCCCGAGUCCCAGAGGCAGGGUGCUGAGAUGCUUCCUAACGUACUGGAGAGGGGGGUGCUGCUGUGGAUGAUGCCCGAUGGGUUGUACGCAAAGCGCCUGUGUCAGGGACGAGUGUAUUGGGAGGGACCCCUGGCUCCAUAUCUGGAUAAACCCAACAAGCUGGAGAAGGAGCAGCCAUGCAAACUGUUUGACACCCAGCAAUUCCUUAUUGAGCUUCAAGAUUUUGCCCUUAAUGGCCGACAUCUACCGAGACACCAGGUUGUGCUAUGUUUUGGGGACGAGUAUCCUGACCCACAUCGGCCAAGAAAGAUGAUCAGAGCACAGGUGGAGCCAGUGUUUGCCAGAAAACUGGUUUACUAUUACCAGCAGAACAACGGCCACUUCCUGCGAGGCUACGAUCACGUCCAGGAACAUGCCACAUCUCUAACAAUCGACUAUCCUUCGCAAAGACCUCUACAGCACAUUCAGGACUGAUACACACACACACACACACACAGACACACACACACAGUGUAGGCCAUGGAGGUGACGGUAAACCACUGGUCGUGUAUCACUUCUUGUGUCUGUAGUCUUACUGUAAAUGGCAGAAGUGCACGGGGAAGACCCUGUUGCUUUCUUUUGCACACCUUUGUGUUGCAGUCUUGGUAAUGUCUUGUUUUUUGUUUCUUUCCACUAAAAGUAUUAUUGUGACAGCUUGAAGGAUGCGGUUUGAGGGGGGAUGGAGGGGUGGGGCAGAGGUCGACUCAGACAGGAAGUGCUCGUACAGGUGCACAGGAAGAGUGGCCCCCCGAGACGAAAACUGGUGCGACGAAGUGGUAAACCCAGAGCAUGAAUGAGUACUCAAUGUGUUUUCAGAGGUGGCGGCUGAUAGUGCCAUUGUCGUGAUCUAUGCCAUACGCAGAUUGGCGUAUGGCAUAAAACACAAAAAUGCUUGGACUGUGACGUGAGAGAAAGACUUGUCUGGUUGUUUAGUAGAGGAAGUUCAUAUCGCAAAUCGUUUCCCUCUUGGCUGCAGCAUGUGGAGCAGGACGUAUAUUUAUGAAAAUCGAUUUCUACUGAAUCUGAUUGAUUUAAACGGGACUGUUUUGAUUGUGGUGGAUAAAGCCCAUAUGCCUGCUUUAUGUACAUUGCAAUUGAAUGUACCGCUGUAUUAUAUUUUCAAGCUUUAAUGUCACGCGAGGGUUUGUUUACACAUUUGUCUGAUAGUUGUUAGCAAAGGAAAUUAAACCUGUGAAUUUAGGUAUCAGUGCAGACAGCUAUUAAAUCUAUAUUUAAAAAAAGUUGCAGAGAACUCAUGAAGACUAUUCCUGUCUUUAGACACACAAAAGCAAAGCAAAGGAUUUUCUAGAACUUUGGGUUAGAGGUCACCAGAAUAUUUAAGAGAUAAUAAUUAAUUUUUAAUACUGAAACAUAUCUUUUCUGUUAACUGGACUUAGCUCUAAUUAUUUGAAACCCUAGUUCCCAUUUAAACUACUCACAACAUCAACAUACAGACAUGAAACAUGGCUGUGCAUUAACUUCGCACAAGCAAAAUGAGUAGGGACCUGUGGCCGAUAACUGAUUAUCAGGGAGCAGGCCUGUGUCACCAGAAACCUCUGGCCAUGAUGAGUGAACUUGACCUCACUGUAGGAAGUUGACUGGAAAAAGUCACACUCAUCUCGUAACUCGCGAGGUACCCGUACCUGUUCCUCUUCACCUGAAACUAGCGGCCUCUCAAAUGGGAAGGAAAACUAGCGCUGUGGUGUGUGUGUGUGCAGGUUCAGGAGGGAGUACCUCUCUGGUUCUCAUGCCUGAGAUCCACUGGAUGUGCCAAUCACAAAAAAAAAGCCAUUCCAAGACCUCCACAAUACGUCUGUUUCCUAAUUAGGGACAUAGGGAGACACACAAUGCAACAGCUGGUUGUGGAGUCUGUCAUUGUGUCGAAGUCCUAAAGAAUGAUGCAGCAUUAGGAGGGACACAGGUUGUGUUAUGCUUACUUCUGUGGUCCAGAGUUUCGAUCUCAUUUACUUCCUUCACACUUAAACCACAUCACUUUCACAAUGGCUUGAAAAGUAUGACCCAAAUCACAGGCGGGAAUGUUUGUGCGUGUGCAUGUGUGCGUGUGUGUGCAUGUGAACGAACCAUAAAUCUUUUUUUCCACGGGGUGAUAUUUUUGUUUAUUACCUCACAGUCAGACAUUUGACAUUUUGACGUCAGAAUCUAAUUGUGAAAUAAUACCAGAUUCAUAUUCAGUGUGCUGUUAUGGUUUGUGUGUAUGUGUAGUAAAGAGUUAUAUGUGGUCGUGCGUGUAGGGAGGUAUGUGUGUUUCGUCGCACAGUUUCUCUUAUCAGAAAGUGACAUCUAUGGACUCAAGAUAAAACAUGUGACUCCCCCACCUACAAUGGCAGUGACUCAAGUAUACAAACACACACUUCUAUCUUAGUGAGGACACUCAUUGGCAUAGUGCUUUCCCUACCCCUUAACCUAACCUUUACCAUCCAAACUAAAUGCCGAACCCUAAACCUAAUUCUAACCCUGAUACUA